UUCCUGCUUUUUCUGCUGGACUGCCAAAGCUGCACUGAACAUUGCUCGUCGAUAGCAGGCACACAGCUCGGAUAUAGGACGCUUUAAUCAAAGCAUAAGGCUAUCGGACAUUUAUUUCACAUUCAAACAGACAGCAAUGCGAAGGAAAUCGAGAAUGUUACUAUGCUUCGCGGUCCUGUGGGUGCUUGGCAUAGCAUAUUAUUUCUAUUCGGGAACAACGUUAAAUCGAAAGGAUGACUGGAAUGCUAUUGACUCAUCAAAUCAGGCCCAGGUCCACCGCAACGCAGAUGACCAAACCCACAGCCUGGAGACACUACCCUCAGGCAAGGUGAGAUGGCAAGACUUUGACCAGGACCUAUAUGUUGGUGCUACGGUGGUGCGGCCAGGGCAGGAUCCCUACGCCCGCAACAAGUUCAACCAGGUGGAGAGUGACAAGCUGAGGAUGGACCGCGGAGUCCCUGACACCAGACACGACCACUGCCGGCAUAAACAGUGGAAGACAGAGCUGCCUGCUUCUAGUGUGAUCAUCACUUUCCACAAUGAGGCCCGCUCAGCUCUGCUCCGCACCGUGGUCAGUGUUCUUAAGAAGAGUCCCCCCCACCUUGUCAAGGAGAUAAUCCUGGUUGAUGAUUACAGUGACAACCCUGAAGAUGGAGCCUUGUUGGGGAAAAUUGAGAAGAUCCGGGUUCUUCGAAACGAUCGACGAGAAGGUCUGAUGAGAUCGCGGGUGAGAGGGGCCGACACAGCCACUGCCAGUGUUCUCACCUUCCUGGACAGCCAUUGCGAGUGUAAUGAUCACUGGCUGGAACCACUCCUGGAAAGGGUGGCAGAGGACAAAACGCGUGUUGUUUCCCCCAUCAUCGACGUCAUCAACAUGGACAACUUCCAGUACGUAGGCGCCUCGGCCGAUCUCAAAGGAGGAUUUGAUUGGAAUCUGGUCUUCAAGUGGGACUAUAUGACCGUGGAGCAGAGGAGGGUGCGCCAAGGAAACCCCACUGCUCCAAUCAAGACUCCCAUGAUUGCCGGCGGCCUCUUUGUCAUGGACAAGGACUACUUUGAGUUGCUGGGGAAGUACGACAUGAUGAUGGAUGUGUGGGGUGGAGAGAAUCUGGAGAUCUCUUUCCGCGUGUGGCAGUGUGGCGGCAGUCUAGAGAUCAUUCCCUGCAGUAGAGUGGGCCACGUCUUCAGGAAGCAGCACCCAUAUACCUUCCCUGGGGGCAGUGGCACUGUGUUUGCUAGGAACACGAGGCGAGCAGCAGAGGUGUGGAUGGAUGAGUUUAAGAACUUUUACUACGCCGCUGUGCCCUCGGCCCGAAACGUGCCCUACGGCAACAUUCAGAGCAGGAUGGAGAUGAAGAAGAGGCUUGGCUGCCAGCCAUUCAAGUGGUACUUGGAGAAUGUGUACCCUGAGCUGCGGGUCCCUGACCAUCAGGACAUUGCCUUCGGAGCUCUGCAGCAGGGAGGGAACUGCUUAGACACUCUGGGACACUUUGCAGACGGAGUGGUGGGGGUCUACGAAUGCCACAAUGCUGGGGGAAAUCAGGUACCAUUCAGGGCUCAGGAAUGGGCGCUGACCAAGGACAAGUCAGUGAAGCACAUGGACCUGUGUCUGACGGUGGUGGAUCGCACUGCUGGCUCACAAAUCAAAAUGCAGGGCUGCAGGGAAAACGACAGCAGACAGAAAUGGGAGCAGAUUGAGAGCAACUCCAAGCUGCGGCACGUGGGCAGCAACCUGUGCCUGGACAGCCGCAGCGCACGUAAUGGGGGGCUGACAGUGGAGGUGUGCAGCCCCAACCUCAACCAGCAGUGGAAGUUCACACUCAACCUCCAGCCCUAGAGAGAGAGAGAGCGAUGGACAGACAAACAGAGAGAGAGUGUAUCCCCCACCAGCACCACAUCCUCUCCUCCCCGGAGCCAAACAGACUAGAGCCACCUAUUACCAACACGCACACAGACGGACGGACAGACUGAGGUCCCCGGAGGGGCCACAACACACAGAGGGAAGCAGGAUAUUGAAACUACAGACUACCAAGUGGGAUGAUGAUGAUUUUAAUGUUGAUGAUGAUUUUAAUGUUGGUGGUGGUGGUGAUGAUGCUUUCCCUCCAACUAUAUACCUCAGCAUUUCAUCUUUAGUCCCGCUCUUUGGAAUGUGAGAAAGUCAUUUUUCUUAUUACAGUCGAAAGAAACUUUCUGGAUGUUUUUUUAUUUUGUGCGUGUCCUUUGUUCUCUCUUUCCACUGAAGUUCUGAAAUGGAUAAGACUAUUAAUUAGUAGUUUUUCUCUCUCUAGUAAUCUGUCUUUGUUGAAUGUAAAAUACGUAUUCUACAGAGGUUCCCUGACUAGACAAACUGGCCAGGAAGAAAGUGGAUUGUCUCAGCUGGUUUUGACCCCUUAAAGUCCUGCUGGUAGAAGGGAAAUGACUCUAUCUAUGCACUGUUCCUCUCGUUCACACAAACGCCUCUCUCCUGAUUGGUGGACUGCUCUGCCAGAGUUGAAAAGAGAUUUAAGAAAAUUAACAAUUUACAGAGUUUUCAUUGCUCCUGUCACGCGUGUUGUAAGAAGGUACGUCAUCCGAUCAGAAGUGUUCUCUUCGCAGGCCUCUCAUGGAUACUGGUGGGGCCAGGAGUUGUCGAGGGUGUGGAUGUAUCGCUGCUGAAUCGUCACAGAUUGUAGCACUGGCUGCUACGGCUCCUCAGUGUUUGUCCCCUUUGUACAUCACAAUUGAAUGGAACCCACCCCCAACAAAAUUAUUUUAUAUAUAUAUAUAUAUAUAUAUAUAUAUAUAUAUAUUCAUUAUGUUUUUCUUUGCAAAAGCAGUAGUGUCCAAGUUUAUUGUAGUUUUAUUUUAUUUCUAGCAGACAUUGAAAAAUGUGUUUUGUGUUCAAUUAUACUGUAGAAUAAUCAGUAACACAGUAAAUUGGACAGGUAUUUCUUUGUACUAUUGUUGCAUUCUGACAGUUCUCUUGUGAGUAAAAACAGAUCUACUUACUUUCUAAAAAAAAAAAAAAAGUUGUCCUUUUCAGUGUCGGUGUUACCAUUGCAUCCAAAUCAGUAUUGGUGAAGAGUUUAUUACAGGGUAAUGUUGGAACCGUCAUUUCCAUUCUCAGAAGUCGACAAGUGUUGUCUCACACAGUGUAUGUAUUUGUGAUUUGACAUUUUAGAAAAUGCCACAUGUUCAGCGCGCUAAGUGACAGACAGCAUGUACACGGUACAUGGCGAGGCCUUGCUGCAUGUUCUACCAAUACUUCUACGGCUUUUUUCUCCUACAGUUUCUCUUUCUGUCCAUUUGUUUCUCGACAUUACUCGCAUGCUUUGUGAAUGAUGUCUUUGCCUUUUUUGAUAUCCAUCCCAUUUAAAAGAGAAUGUGUCUGUGUGCUAGUGAACAGCUUUCAACAGGUUUCAUGAAGGAGGGCAGGUCAUUCGGCUAUAGUUAACUGCACUCACAAGGGAGAAAAGCAAUAAGAUAUUCCUAUUUCAAUGUCAUUGUUGUGCAUUUAGCAUCUGCUUCGGGACCAUUCUGAUUGGGUUUCUACAUGUAGCUUGUGCUAUGUGGUACUUUAAACGUUACUGUUUGUUUCUGAGGGGCAGCAGAACCCACCUUUAAUGUGAUGGCCAAAGGAGCCUAUAACGACUUAUGAAAGCAACAAUUAAUCCAUUGACGUGACAUUGGUUUUGUCUCGUGGGGGUUCCCCUGAUAUCAAUGGAGAUUAAUUUAUUCUAGAAUAGCAAAUUACUUAUUCUUUUGGAAGCCCUCAUUAUAUAUGCAUAAAAUGUAGGGUUAUGGUAAUCUGUGUAAGUCCUACACAUCAGUCCCUGUGUGUUCUACACCAUUCUGGUCAAACUUCCUGAUACAAAAGGAAUCUCCAACCAUCAGUACAGGAAUGAGCAUCACAGCGACGGAGCAUAUGCAGCAGUCCCUAUCUGACGCUUGUGGAAAAGGUAUUGCAUUUACAAAAUGCCAAAGAGAGGUGUCCCACAGUAAGAGAGGUGUCCCACAGUAAGAGAGGUGUCCCACAGUAAGACAGGUGUCCCACAGUAAGAGAGGAAACAGACCAUAAUAUUUUCUCUGCAGUUGAAGAAUGUGAGAUCCGUGUGAGAGCAGGACUAUGAAAUCAUGAGAUGAGUUGGGGGUUGUAACCUCCGUUAUGAGUUGAGUUGGGGGUUGUAACCUUCCGUGUGAGAUGAGUUGGGGGUUGUAACCUCCCGUGUGAGAUGAGUUGGGGGUUGUAACCUCCCGUGUGAGAUGAGUUGGGGGUUGUAACCUCCAGUGUGAGAUGAGUUGACAAGUUUCACAUGGUAAGAGCUUUGUCUGUUAUCAUGUACGUCACUGUUGAAAUUGAAACAAUUCUAAUGUGAAAUUCAGGUGGCCUCUACAGUACUAAAAGGGAUUGCUCGGGUGAACAUAGUCUACAUGGUGGCAACGGUUGUUCAAGUAUUGAAUCAAGCCUUUUUUGUAAGAUUUGUGUGAAAAUGACAAGUUUGCUGUUCACUUUAGGAGAAAAAAAAGAAUCCUAGCAUUACAGCCACAUUUUAAUUGGAUGAAAUGUUUACAUAGCACAAUGUGCCAAAGUUAUUUACUUUACAUUGUCAAUACAAGGUGAAGGACGUGCCAUUGGCAUAAUGAUGACGAAUAAUAAACCAAAUCAAGAAAAUAAUAGUUUGUGUAUCAAAUAUGAUUUGUUCCUUUGAUAAAACGGUUUGCUGUAGGAUUCAAAUCACAGGGGAGGCAGCAUGGGGGUAACCAAUGUAAAAGUGUAUGUUUGUAUAUACACUACGUUGAUCUACUGUACAGUAUGAACAAGCAACACCAGUGAGUGGAUCGUCUGUAUAACGCUGGGAAUUGUUCACUGUUUUAUAGCUAUGGCAAAACUUUUACUUUAAAUUAGGAAAAAUGUACUUAAAUAAAUGCAUUUAUAUAUGAGA